CUAUAAUCACUGGUCUUGGUUCAAAAUUUCAAGAGAGAAGUAUUGACGAAGUCGACUUGAGAAGAGACGAGAUGGACAGAAAAAUGACCGAUACGGAGCUUCGACGGCGGCUUGAGGCCUGUGGAUUCGACGCGGGGCCUCUGACAGACGUCUCCCGUGCGUACUGGUUACGGAAAUUGUCUGAAGCCGAGAGGGGAGGCAGAGCGAAGCCUCAGCGACCCAAACCGCCACCUCGAAUUCAGCAUCCAGUUCGUGUUGGCUUGCUGUUUCCUGACGAGGAGGACGAGAGAUUAUCUCGACAGGAGGGAGAUGCCAGUAUCUCAUCAGACGUCUCAGACUCCUCUGAUGAGGAAGGCAGCUCGGCUUCACGUCGCGAAGCCGAAAUCCAGCAACGCAAGGCAGCAGUGUCUAAAGUGCAGCAAGCUGGUGCCAGAGUGCUGGCCGACGUUGAGAAAGCACACCUGAAGAGCCGGCGAUCACCGUUCUUGCUCCAGUAUGGGCUGCACGCCGUAGUAGGUGCAUUGCUGGCAGUGGCUGUGGUCUUACUGCUGAACGCUGUCAGCUACAACAUGAGAAGGCGUGCAGCCGACAGUCAGGACAACUUCAUCUGGUGUGCGCGAGAUCAAUUCUGCACCGGGAACACGAUCAAGCGCAUUGACACCGCUCUGAAGCUUGCGAAUCACCUGGCUGAGAUAGCUGAUAAGCAAGCCGGUGUAGCUGACUGCACCGAGGGCCAGAACCGGGACUUGAAGCCGGCCACGGUACUAGAGGUGGCAAAGGCAUUCCACUUGAACAACAUCGAGGCUAAACUUGCCUUGCUGGAUGCUGAGCUACUGUUCGUAGGCAAUCCGCACUGGAAGGUCACGUUGCUCACGUCGAACUUUGUCAUCGUCGAAAACAACGUCACUGUUGAGAAUCUGAACCGAAUCCACCUGGUCUCGACGAACCCCAUGAAGCCGCUGACGUGUCGCAUUCGCAAAGCGAUGCACAGUGCCGCCACGCAGGCUCUGCUGUUUGCAUUCCUUAGCUUUCUGCUGGUUCUGCUGUUCAUCGCUAUCCGUAUGUUCGUGCAGCGACGCGAGGCAGAUCGCCAGCUAGUCUUCUCACUAGUGGAUAAGAUCCUGAAGCACUUGCAGCAGGUGCACGCAGCCAGUCUUAGCGGUAGCUCGGACACCAGCAGCUCCGCUGUGCCAAUCAGUCAUGUACGUGAUGCGCUGCUGCCACCGGCUGAACGCCAGUCGCAGUCCGCUGUUUGGGAGAAAGCCGUCACCUGGAUCAACCAGCGCGAGUCGCGGGUGCGCAUCGAAACACGCCGCAUAGCCGGAGAGGACUUUAUCGUGUGGCGUUGGAUACCCAUUGCAUCGUACACCUCAGCGCAGGUCAGCGACAGUGGCCUGCUUGAAACGGACGGCGGUUCUCCCUCGGGAACAGCCAACUCACCAUCUCGCCGCCCGAUCUCUCCAAGCUCACCAGCAGAGACUUUGGAACGACGAGAGAAGCAGUGGGGCGGUCAUGUCUUGGAGCACUACUCCGGUGAUGCAUUUCGCCAGCAAGUCCUGCCACUCGCCAAGCAGCCAUCUUGCUGCAUAAAACUACGCAACCUGUACACCGUGCAACCACGACCGACCGCUACAGAGUUUGAGGAGCUGGAAUCGGCGGUGCUUCACAAGCUCACUCAGCACGGUGGCGUGCUGCACUGCUUUCUGGAUAGGUGGACGGACGAGGGGGCGCUCUACGCUAAACUGGACUGUGCGGGUGCAGCCACGUCGCUGAUUGAAGCACUACACGGCACUUGGUACAACAGUCGGCUAGUGAAGGCCGAGUACAUUGCACUGGCCGAGUAUCAUCGCCUGUUUCCCAGCUCCACUGGUGCGUCCAAGCUCUUGUUUCCUCCGUAAUACCCACCCCAGUUGCUUAGCUGGUGUGGAUGCAUACAACAUCGAAUUGCGGCCCAACUCAGCUGUGAUAAUCACGUCAUGGAACAGGUCCUGCCACAACUUACUUUCUGACACACUCUGGCCUAGAUGCGUCCGUAGCUGCUUGUGUUUCACAGCUGUAGUUGUUGGUGCGCUUCUUUCUCCCUGUCAUUAUUUCUCAGUUUUAGGUUUUGUUUAGGGUCUCGAGUCUCGACAGCUUGAUUGGUCUACCGGUAUUAAAAAUACUGUUGCUGAUUCAUUUCGUACACGAGUAUAUUUUUUUUAUUUUUUUAAAGAAUCGCACCUUGAAGUUCUGCUGGUAUUGUCGAUAGGUUUUGCCGCUGCAUGUAUAAGGAUGAUCAUGUACAGUCUGUUCUAGCCAUUGUCUCAAAGGGUGUAUGCCUAGGUCCUUUUUAAAAUUUUGCUAACACCAGAUCAUGCCUGUACUUGUCACGCGCACAGUACAGGUGCUUUUACUAAUCUUUUACAGCGACGUCUUUCAUAGCGGGAUGUCUACGGAUGCCGCGUGGCCAGGCCAAAUGAGACUUUGAGGGUGCGUGAUACCACGAUCCACUGUACCUUCGCCAUUGCUGGAUCCUCUCUCAUUUCUCGCUAUCUUUAGCUUUGCAUUUUUCAGUAGAGCUCUAUCUAUAUAUCUUAAAUAUCAUGUGCUAGGCUUGUUCAAGCGCAAGACUAACAUCAUCUUUGUUUGCCACUGCAGAUUUGCCAAAUUGGUUACUGUCCGUGUGUCUGAAGGUCAUAAAUAAUGCAACACCUUGAAUUGUGUGAGUACAUGCACACCAGGAUAUUAUGGAUUGGUUGUUCGUUUUAACCAGGUUGUUAUAAUUA